AUGGCUAUAUCAAGUCUCUACUUCCUGUUGUUCAUCCCGGCCCUCAUCAUCAAUGGGGUAGCAGUCUGGGUCUGCAUGCAACUUCGUUCAAAGUCCACCUUCAUGGUGUAUCUGAAGAACCUUCUGGCCGCUGACCUUCUCAUGACCCUGACCAUCCCUGUCAAAGCAGCCAAUAUCCUGCCCAGCACUCCACUGACUCUGAAGGCCUUUGCCUGUCGCUACUCUGAUGUUCUUUUUUACCUCUGUAUGUACAUGAGCAUCAUUCUGUUGGGCCUCAUCAGUCUGGACCGCUUCUUCAAGAUCGUCAGGCCCUGUGGCAGGUUGUUGGGUCAGAACAUUGUCUUCGGCAAAGUGCUGGCUGCUUCCAUCUGGGUGGUGCUGUUGUCCACUGCUGUCAUUCCAACCAUGAUCCUGACCAAUCAGGAUCCCACAAACAAGACUAAACUAUUCUGUAUGGCAAUGAAGAGCAAUGCAGGACAAUAUUUCCACAGUGGCGUGGUCAAAUUAAACAACGCAAUCUUCUGGGUGGUGUGUGUUCUUAUUUGCUUCUGCUACAUGUGCAUAGCAAGGAAGGUUUUUCAAUCAUACAGGAAAUCAGGAAGCAGCAAUGACGAAGGGAGGCAUAAGACCAAAGUGCGUGUGUUUUUGGUUCUGGUGGUUUUCCUGACGUGUUUCGGACCCUACCACGCCAUACGGCUCCCCUACACCUUGCUUCAGGUUACCUCAACAACCAGCUGCACUAAGGUCACCUUACAGAUCUCUAAGGAGUUCACCUUGUGGAUGUCAGCCACGAACGUCUGUCUGGACCCUCUCAUCUACUUCUUCCUCUGUAAGCCCUUCAGGAUCACCCUGUUCAAGACGCUCCGUCUCCCACCUGGGACCUGUAGCUGGCUCACUGGGAGAGGACCCAACACAAUAGAGGAUCAGACCCCAACACAGGAGGGAGACUCCUGUGCCUGUACAGAAAAUUAA